GCAAGCAACCAAGAGGCACCUUCUCCAUCGAGCACUACAGUGCCCGGCUGGUCUCCCACCUCCGCAAAGAUUCCCGGAAAAAAUGCUGUUUUGAGUUAACCUGCCCUGGCAAACGCACCUACGAGUUCACAGCCCCAAGCCCAGCAGAGGCUGAAGACUGGGUGGACCAGAUCCAGUUCCUCCUCAAGGACCUGAGCUCCCUGACCAUCCCGUACGAGGAGGAGGAGGAGGAGGAGGAGGAGGAGGAGGAGGAAGAGCUCUACAACGACGUGGACAGCUCUGACUCCAUGAACACCUCCCACAACACCACCCUGACCCAGGAGGAGCCCAACCUGGAGCUGGAAGGGGAGGACAUCUAUGAGGUCCUGCCAG